AUGGAUAGUGAUAUCGCGAGACUAGCAAUUAUAGACUGUAUUUCAAAUAUUGAAAGUUGCCGAGAAACGCAGUGUGAUAUGGACGCAAUUUAUAGUAACCUUUGUGAAGCCAUAACCGGCGAAAUAAACAGAAAAUUGCCAAAAUAUGAAUCUCGGUCAACUAAUAAACGUCACAAAACUAGAAAGCCGUACUGGAAUGACACUUUAUCAGAACAGUGGCAACGGUUACGUCAGCGGGAACGUGAGUUUCUAAAAUGUUGUAAUAACCAUCGAGUCAAAACAGCGUUGAGGCGUGAAUACAUACAUGCAAGGGACAGUUUCGAUAAAUCGUUGCGGCAAGCAGAACGCGCGUACAGGAAAGAAAAAUCGAUUGAAAUAGAAACUAUAUCGACAAAUAAUCCCAACGAAUUCUGGGAUAAGAUAAACAAGCUGGGUCCACGUAGUGAUAAAUCUAUCCCGUGUGAAAUUAUAGACGAAAAUGGUAACGUUGUGCGAAAUGAAAACGAAGUUCUUGAAAAAUGGAAGCUUGACUUUGAGAGUUUAUACAACGGAACAGAUAAUAGCGAAUUCGAUAGUGAGCAUUAUAGACGGGCAAAGGUGCAUAAAUUACUAUUAGAAAACAAUAUCAAUGACCCUUUGUAUACCUCAAACGUAACGCUUAACGGCAAUAUCACGUUAACGGAGAUAAGUGACCUAGUAAUGAAAGCUAAAUCACGUUCUGCCGGCGGCUAUGACGACAUUCCAUACUUUGUGCUUAAAUGCCCCGUUAUUAUAGCAACAUUGAGAGAACUGUUUCAAUUAAUGUUUGACACUGGCAUUAUACCCUCAAUUUGGAGAAAGUCGAUCAUUUGCCCUAUUCUGAAGGACCCCUUGUCAGAUCCACGUGUCCCCUUACACUACCGAGGAGUAAGUCUACUUUCAUGCGUGAGCAAGCUCUACACUGGAUUUAUUAAUAAGCGUUUGACUAGGUAUAUAGACGAGUACAAAAUCCUUGAAGACGAGCAAAACGGGUUUAGGCGUAAUCGAUCAUGCGAAGACCACGUGUUCUCACUUAACGGCAUCAUACGUAACAAUACAACGGUAUUUACAGCGUUUAUUGAUCUACGUAAAUGCUUUGAUUUCAUCGAUAUCGACAUGUUGUUAUACAAAUUGUUGCUAAACGGCAUUGACGGUAAAAUAUAUACAUCAAUAAAGAGCAUUUACAAACAUUCCACUGCUAGUGUACGCUUAAAUAACAUGCUAACGGACUGGUUCACGUGUCUUACCGGCGUAAAACAGGGUGAUACGGCGUCGCCACCGCUAUUCUCAAUAUUUGCCAAUGACCUUGUAAAAGAAGUGAAUGACCUUGACCUUGGUUUUGAACUUAAUGGUAAAAAGGUUUCAAUGCUGUUGUAUGCAGAUGAUAUCGUUUGUAUAGCUAAGACAGAGGAAGAUCUACAACGUAUUUUAGACACGUUACGUGAUUGGUGUAGACGUUGGCGCGUACUCAUUAACACUGAAAAAUCUUCAUGUUCACUUCCGCCGAGGCCGCGCUGCAUGCACAGACUUUUCAUUCAGGAUUGGUGA